AUGUCUAGUAACACAACCUCCUCGUCCGACUCGAUCCAUUCUGCGGCAACCGGCGUUACUGGCGGCUAUGAAGGCAACAGUCUCGCUCUCAAGGUCCUCAUCGCCUUCUUUCUUGGCUUGUCAAUGUACAAUGCCAUCGAAAUAUUGAUUCUAGUCUUUCUCACCUUCUCUCGAUAUCGUGGCCUGUAUUUCUGGAGUUUGGUCAUCUCGAGCCUGGGCCUUAUACCUUAUGGACUAGGUUUCCUGUUUAAAUACUUCAAGGUCCUGACCAGCAGUUGGAAAUGGCUUUCCCUCACCCUCAUAUCGAUAGGCUGGUAUCCCAUGAUUACCGGGCAGAGUCUCGUCUUAUGGUCAAGACUGCAUUUGAUUGUCAGCGGAGAGAAGGGGCGUAAGAUCCUGUUGUACACCAAAUGGAUGAUUAUUAUCGACGCCAUUGUUUUGCAUAUUCCGUCCACUGUCCUAACGUUUGGAUCCAAUGGGGACACCGAUACCGCCAUCUUCGUUAGGGCUUACGACAUAAUGGAGAGUCUACAGAUGACGGGCUUUUUCCUCCAAGAAGUCAUCCUUUCGUCCAUCUACAUCGUGGAGACCGUCCGUAUCCUCCGCACAUCGUUCCAGCCGGAGUCCCGUCGGCUCAUGCAUCAGUUGUUGAUCAUCAAUAUCAUCAUCAUCGUGAUGGAUGUGGCCCUGCUCGGCAUGGAAUACGCCUCUCUCUACCUGCUCGAGACCGUGACCAAAGGUUUCUGCUACUCAAUCAAGCUCAAGCUGGAAUUCGCUAUCCUUUCCCGCCUUGUCAAAUUCGUUGGUGGAGCCCAGAGGGGCGGCUCGAGCGGGGAUCACUCAGAUCGGGGCCAUCCGAUCACCUUCCUCGGCAUUAAAGAGGCUCCUAGGAGGAGAGACAGUACUGAGGACAACGAAGUCUCGGAGUUCGUCGAUAUGACGAGGGUGGCGACUGAUUUUACGCAUGCUUCUCCGCUUCCAAAGAGGAAUCCGUUCGACUCGUGCGGGGAUGACCUUGACGUGGACUUCGCACGGUUCCGACAUGUCGAGAGCGCUAACUGGAAGGGUGGAGGCACGGAUGGAGGCGAGGAGGGCCAGGGCGAUGUCCGAAACGCGGGCUGA